AUGUCGCCUGAAAACGAAGACGAGUUAUGUCAUAUCCUACUGACCGAGUUGCUUGCGUAUCAGUUCGCUUGGCCCGUCAGAUGGAUUGAAACCCAGGAUGUUCUUUUGAAAGAUUUUCAGACUGAACGGCUAAUUGAGGUUGGACCUCAACCAAUAUUGGCCAACAUGGCAACUAAAACUAUUAAAGAGAAUCAAGUCUAUGAGGAAGCCACUUCUAUUUACACUAAGAGAGAAAUUUACUCGACAGCCAGGGAUCUCGACAAAAUAUACUAUAAAUAUGAGCCAGCGGAGCAUGAAGAACUUUCGAGCCAGACAACUGACGCCACAGAAAAGCCCGCACUCAAAGAAGAGCGUAGCACACCAGUGACAACAACGAGAACACAGACAAAUAGACAGGCUGCUCAGAGAAACGGGUUUUCUAGAGCGCCCAAACUGGACAGCUCAAUUGUUGUGAAGGGCAUUAUAGUUGGCAAGCUGCCAGCACACAGGCUCGAAACGCUACCCACAACUAAAACGCUCAAAGAGUUGUGCGGAGGAAAAUCUACACUUCAGAAUGAAAUCAAAGGAGAUCUCUUGAAAGAAAUUCCUUCUCUGGCCGAUCAAUCGAAUAUUGAAGAUAUGCCAGUUGAGUCGAUAACUGACUAUUGCGAAGAUGUAUCUACCUUAGGUCCGGUGACGCAAGAUCUCGUUACGAAGUUCAUUCCUCGUAAAUUUGCAGGACAGCUAAACAGUGUGAGUGCUGUAAGGCAAUACUUGUGUGCUAAAUGGGGGGUCGAGGAUUCCAAUGCCCUGCUGCUUUUCAUAUCUCUUCAGAGUGUCACGAAUAGGUUUCACGAUCAAACGGAGACCGAAGCCUUUAUAGAUAUGUGCUGCGCCAAUUUUGCCAAAUACAGAAACAUUGACUGCCAUUUGAUAACCGACGGCAGCGAUAUGAAAGUUGAUGGAGAGAAUGAAGAUGGCGAAGAGAAGAAAAAGGUCAUUGAUUAUGAAACGUUCAAUGGGUUCAAUGACGAAUUACUUCAAAUGCAAAAAGCUCAACAUCAAGUGCUAGCUAAACACUUAAAUGUAACGGACAACUUAUCUAAAGUCCAACAAUUGGAGAAUGAACUCGCAAAAAUGAAAAAGAAGCUGGAGGCAAUAGGCGAGGAGUUUGGUAAUGACUUGAUAGACGAAUCCCUAUCACAGACAUUUUCUCCAAACAAAAUACGUGUCUAUGAUUCUUCGUGGAAUUGGUGUAGACAAUCCAUAUUGAAAAUGCUCUACACCACUUUAAAGUAUCCCCACAAGUUUGCUGAGUUGAUUAGUCAAGACGAAAUUCAUAAUUUAGUCAAUAGGGCAGAUUCGGAUACAAUAAGAAUCGUUCAAUACGUGACAGAACGAUACUCUUUCGAACCCCAGAUCAAGAAUUUCUUCAACUCGAUUGUUCAGCGGUGUCUGAAAGAGCGUGCUAACUCUCCUUUCUACAGUAAUUCUGGGUAUUGCUCUUACAAACCUAUAUCUGAGAUCCAGGAGCAACAGGAGACCACUGAAGUUACAAAUAAUGAAAAAAGGACAGCAAGUUUACCAGAGUACGUGAAGGAGAUAUCUCAAGGCAGUAGAAAACACGAGCAAGAUGCUUCUGUUGUUUCUACCAAGCUAAACACCGACAUGAGCAGUUAUUAUAAGGUUGAAAAGGAGCUUUUCGAAGUUUAUUCAAAGGUUAUUCAAUAUGCCUUAGCUACUAAAAAUUCACCAUCGAAUAUCCGCGCUCAAUUUGAAACGGUAUAUGAGCAACUUUUGAUUUUCCUCAGAAAUUCAGACCAAGUCGCAUCGUUCUUCCGUGGUAUUAUUAAUGAAGCCUUAAUAUCACUCAAUAAAACAGCUCUUUCUGUCAAGGAUGAAGAGAACGAUGUCAUAGUUAGUGACUGUGAGGUUUCUUCUUCUGAUGAAGAAGACGAAAUCGACAGAAAUAUUCAAUACACUCCAGAAUCCGUACCCAUACCAAAGGGUAUUAUACCUUUCCUACAUUUGAAGAGACAGUCUCACGUAUCCGACGGAUGGGUUUACGAUAAGGAACUCACUCAAAUGUAUUUGGACAACCUGAUGAAGAUGAGUGAAGUAGGUAUUAGGCUUGGGAAUAAAACUGCAAUGGUCACUGCUAUAGACGCCAAUGACAAAUUGGUCCUGGAAGUAAUUCGGGGACUACUACAAGCAGGCGCCCGAGUAUAUGUGGCUACUCAACGUUUCGAUCAUGAUACGACCCGCAAAUUUCAAGAAUGUUUCAAAAUGCAUGGUGCAACUGGGUCAAAACUUGUUGUUAUGCCACUAAAUCUAGCAUCUAAGUUGGAUAUACGCAAUUUUGUGAGUUAUUUUUACAAAAAUUUUGAAGACAUAGACUUCCUGCUCCCAUUCCAUGUUAAAGCCGGUCAAGGAUCUGUUCUUGAAUUCGAUUCUCAAGCAGAAUUAGACCAUAGAUCAACCAAUGUAAAUUUAUUGAGAUUUUUGGGGGCAAUUGUCAACGCAAAAAAACAGCUUAAUAUCGAAACAAGGCCAACUCAUGUCCUACUGCCACUAUCACCAAAUCAUGCAAAUAUAAAUGAAGGUAGGUCACACUUUGAAGACAAUUUCCUUUCAUCAAUCAUCAACAAAUGGUGUGAUGAAGAAUGGUCAACAGAAUUGAGCAUUUGUGGCUGUGUUUAUGGUUGGACAAAUGACGAUAGCGACACUUUCAUUGCCGAAGGACUAGAAAAAUUAGGAGUGCGCACAUUCUCUUGUAAUGAAAUGGCAUUCAAUGUAAUUGGCUUACUAAGUUAUCAUAUCAUAGAGAAAUCGCAAAAGAUUGCACUCAUUGCAGAUCUAAACGGUGGAUUACAAAAUUUGCCAACAGUUUCUUCUGUUGUUUCAAGACUUAACGGAGAGAAGCAUUUCAAACAUGAGCUCAGGGUAGCAUUGAAAAAUGAGAGUAGAUUCGACUCCAAAAUAUUAAGAAAAGAAAGCAUACCAGAGCCUAUCCACAUCAAGCCAAAAGGUAACAUCAACAUGGAAUUCCCAGAGUUCCAACCUUUCUCAAUUCUGAAGCAGAAAUUUAACCAACCCUUACUGCACGGGCUGCUAGAUCUUUCCAAGGUUGUCGUUAUUACCGGUCUUGCGGAAGUUGGACCCUGGGGGAAUGCACGGACAAGGUGGGAAAUGGAGAGCAAAGGCGAAUUUUCAAUUGAAGGUUGUUUGGAACUAGCUUGGAUAAUGGGCCUCAUUACCUAUGACAAAUCCACAAACAAAAAAGGCUGGCUUGACGCCAAAACCGGGGAAGUCGUUGACGAGUACCAAAUCAAAGACAAGUACGAAAAGUAUAUUCUAAAGCACACAGGAAUAAGACUCGUUGAGCCUGAGCUUUUUGGUGGAUAUGAUCCCCACAGAAAGCAAAUCCUGCACGAAGUUAUCAUUAAUCAUGACUUAGAUCCGGUAGAAAUGAGUUCUGAAUUGGCCCAGCACUACAAGUUAGAACAUGGAGAAUACAUAGAAAUUCAACCAGUUGAUUCGACCAAUAACAACCAAUGUAUGGUGAGAUUUUUGAAGGGUUGUACCAUCUUUAUUCCUAAAGCGCUAAAUUUCGACAGAUUUGUUGCUGGACAGAUCCCAGCAGGCUGGGAUCCCAGACGCUACGGUAUAUCGGAAGACGUGAUAACACAGGUUGAUCCCAUCACUUUGUUCUCUUUGGUGACAGUAGCAGAAGCUUUCAUAUCUUCAGGAAUAAGCGACCCCUAUGAGCUUUAUAAAUACGUGCACGUCUCAGAAGUGGGGAAUUGUUACGGUUCUGGUGUUGGUGGCCUGAAAUCUCAUCUAGCUGUGCAAACGGAGAGACUCAAGGAUGAGACGAUCCGAAAUGAUGUAUUGCCAGAAACGUUCAUUAAUGUAAGCGCAGCAUGGAUAAACAUGUUGUUCUUGUCCUCUAGUGGGCCUAUCAAGACACCUGUAGGCGCAUGUGCAACCGCGGUUGAGUCACUUGACAAUGCAUUGGAAACAAUUCUCUCUGGAAAAGCAAAGGUUUGUAUUGCAGGAGGUUGCGAUGAUUUUUCAGAGGAGACCUCAACUGAGUUUGCGAAAAUGGGAGCUACAUCAAAUACAGUCGAGGAGAUCAACAGUGGUAGGUCGCCGCAGGAAAUGUGUCGGCCAGCUACCUCGACGAGAAACGGUUUCAUGGAAUCUCAAGGUGCAGGAAUGCAAGUCCUCAUGAGUGCCGAUCUUGCGAUCAAAAUGGGUGUCCCAAUUUAUGGUAUUCUUGGUAUGGCAUGUACCGCAUCUGAUAAAAUAAGCAAAUCCCUUCCUGCUCCCGGGAAAGGUGUACUUACAUGUGCCAAAGAAACUCAUUCGACUUCAAAGUUUACAAAUUUGAAGUUAAAUGUAGAUUACAGACGGAAACAAUUGAACAGGAGGAUCAGUGAAAUUGAGGAAUGGGUAAAAGAAGAGCUUGAAUCUGGAGCCGAUCCUGAGUUCACUGAAGAUCUAGCCAAAAGACAGAAGACAGAAGCAAGAGCUCAUUACGGCAACAACUUUUGGCGCAAUGACUCUCGCAUUUCUCCAAUAAAGGGUUGUUUAGCUACCUUCGGAUUAACGAUAGAUGAUUUGAAUGUUGCUUCAUUUCAUGGAACCUCUACUAAAGCCAAUGAGAAAAACGAAUCGAGCAUUUUGAACGCGAUGAUGAAUCAUCUUGGAAGGACGGAAGGUAAUCCAUUGUUUACCGUUUGUCAGAAGUAUUUGACAGGCCAUCCAAAAGGUGCCGCAGGCGCCUGGAUGUUCAACGGAGUUUUGCAAAUAUUGAGAAGCGGAUUAAUUCCCGGUAAUAGAAACGCAGACAACAUCGACGAAAAGUUCUCAGAAUUUAACCAUCUCGUCUAUCCUUCUGAGAAUAUUGAAAUGGAGUGCGUAAAAGCCGCUUGUAUUACAUCUUUUGGAUUUGGUCAAAAGGGUGCUAUGGCGAUUGCGAUAAAUCCGAACUAUGUAUUCGCUGCUUUGUCGGAAAGCGAAUACGAGGAAUAUGGUAAGAAGUUAAGUAUGAGACAAAAGAAGUCACAAAAGACCUUUGUGGAUGGCUUGAUUAACAACUCAGUGUUUGUAGCCAAAGAUGAACCUCCUUACAGCAAGGAACAGGAGGAAGAAGUGUAUUUGGAUUCCCUAAUAAGGGCGAAUGAGAAGUUGGAAAUUAGUAUUGACGCAACUUCCCUUUAUUAG